AUGAACUCUGCGUGUGAAGAAAUAUCUCAGAGAAUGGAUUGCACUCCGUUAAAGUCACCGUCCGCAAACGGCGACGAGGACCAGAAGUCCACUGCCUCACAAAAACUGACGACUGUUGGUUCCCACCCAACAAAGUCACUGCGUCCGCAAACGGUUCACGUAGAAGUUCAAUUGAAGUGCUUCAGCGUGGCCUCACCGGAUAUAGUCUCUCAACAGGUGCAAACAUUUCUUCGUCAACGAGGUACUUGCACUGUACCCCUCCUUAUCGAAUCCUUCGAGGAGGCUGUUGGUGUAAAAGAGGACACAGCGUGUUCCGGUGUGGACUCCACUGCCAAGAAUUUGCAGAUAUUUCUGCGAGAGAACAUAACCGCAAUCAAUGUAGGUUCCUUGUACCUACUUUUUUUCUAG